CAUCAACCUCGUCCGCGGCCGCCGCAACUGCUUCUUGCGCCUCGACAAGGAAGCUACUCUGGUCAAGUUUAAUGUGUCCGGCGACCACUUUUUUAUGCAAAGAAGAAGGGGGUGUUGCAUUUAGGGAAGAUUCAGAGGGCUUUUAAGGUACAAAAUGGUAGAGCAAAAUCUUAUCAGUGAGAAGGUGUUUUCCUUUUUGUUGAAUGGGGAUCCAAAUGCGAAAAAAGGUGGUGAAAUGGUUUUCGGUGGUGUUAACCUAAAGCACUUUAAAGGAGACCACACUUAUAUUCCAGUUACUAAAAAAGGUUACUGGCAGAUUGAAAUUGGAGAGUUUUUCAUUGGAGGUGCUUCUACAGGUGUUUGUGAGGGUGGUGAUGGUGUUGGAUGGUGCUGGAUGGCGGUGAUGGUGUUGGAUGGUGCUGGAUGGACGACAGUUAGGGUUUUUCUAGAGAUGGUGAUGUUGACGUGUCAGGGUGGUGAUGUGACAGAGACUUUUUUAAAUUUUUUUUAAAUUAAAAAAUCAUUUAAGUCCAGCUAUUUGUCACGUGCUUAUGAGAUGCUACCUCA